AUGGCAGUUCUGUUUCAGAGCUCGGAGGUCUUGGCCCGGCUCAAGCCGUUUGGAAUCACGUUUGAGAAAUCGUUGACGGAUCUUAUCAAAGGAAUCAGAGCACAUUCGAAGGACUCGCCGGAGGCUCUAUCGACUUUUCUCGCCAAUGCAAUUCAAGAGUGCAAGGAGGAGUUGGUAACCACCGACCUCGAGGUCAAGGCAACCGCUGUUUUGAAAUUGGCAUAUUUGGAAAUGUAUGGGUUCGACAUGAGCUGGUGCAACUUCCACAUUUUGGAGGUGAUGUCGUCGCUGAAGUUCCAGCAGAAACGCAUUGGAUAUCUCGCCGCCACGCAGUCUUUCAAAAGUGAGCAGGACCUUUUGAUAUUGGCGACGAAUCAAUUCAAGAAAGACCUCAAUUCGCACAAUCACAUCGAAAUCGGAUUGGCGCUCAGCGGGAUCGCCACCAUUGUCACACCUAACUUGGCCAAAGAUAUUGUGGAAGACAUCGUCAUGAAGCUCACUCAUUCUAAACCGUACAUCCGGAAGAAGGCAGUGCUUGCACUUUUUAAGAUCUUUCUUCAGUAUCCAGAGAGCUGGAAAGCAGCAUUACCUCGUGUGAUUGAAAAGCUAGAUGACCCAGAUGUGGCCGUCGUGAGUGCAACAAUCACAGUAGUAUGUGAGAUUUCCAAAAAACACCCCAGCUUCUUUCUUGCGUAUUUGCCAAAGUUCUUUACUAUCUUGGAGGAUACCUCGAACAACUGGCUCAUUAUUCGUAUUCUCAAGUUGUUCCAAAGCUUGCUGAAAAUCGAGCCGCGGAUGAAAAAGCGGAUAAUGCCUUCCAUUGUCAGUCUCAUGUCAAAAACCGACGCCACGUCUCUCAUAUACGAGUCUAUCAACUGUAUUGUUGACGGCAGCAUGAUUUCUCCCGAGUCUUCCCGCGAUAAAGAAGUGGCGAAAAUGUGCAUUGAUCAUCUUUUGAAGUUUUUCCAUCAGAACGACUCUAAUCUAAGGUUCGUUGGGCUUUUAGCGCUCAUCAAAAUUUUGCAUGUGUUCCCGUCAUUCAUACAUAAGCUGAGUGAGGUUUCCUCCGUAAUCUAUCUUUGCAUCCAAGACGACGAUAUCAUCAUCAAGCGCAAAGCGCUUGAGAUAUGUCACUACUUAGUCACCGAGGACAACAUAACAAACUUGGUGAAGACCCUUUUAUUGCAGAUCUUACCAGAAAACACGAGUGCUCAUUGUCCAGAGACAUUCAAGUUGGAAAUCACCAGCAAAAUUUUGGAGAUAACAUCUGCAAACAACUAUGGCAAUAUUCCAAAUUUUAAGUGGUACGUGGUUGCUCUCAAAGAGCUUCUUAAUAUGACACUCUUGGCUGAGUCUUCCCGGUUGGUGGAUGAUGGUAAGGUAAUUCUUUCAAGGGACGUUCUGCUGAUGAUUGCCUCAAAAUUGGGCAAUGAGUUCAAGUCUUUGGCAAUGAAGGUUCCAUCUAUUCGGCCAUACAUCAUUUCAAAGGUGGUAAUGGAGUACGUCAAGAACGUAAGACUAUUACAAACUUGUCCAAUUCUAAUGAAAGAUUUGUACUGGGUAAUGGGCGAGUAUCUGGAUGAUUAUGGUCUCAUUGAAACCGAAAGUGGGGAUGACUUGGAUUCCACCACAUCUUUGAGCCAAAAAGUGACCCUCUUCAAUCUAUUCGUCAACAAGCACAUCGAUGAGAAAUUGCUGGGAGAUGCAAUGUUCCCUAUUUCUAGCGAACUCCCCGUACUACCCAAUGCUGACGUCAUUUCUAGUAUCAUAGAAGCACUAGUCAAGCUUUUCAGCUCUAUCGUGACCGAUUACGAGAAGCUCUAUUCUUCCAAAAAAGAGCUCUCGUAUGAUAAAUAUUGCGAGCUAUCUUAUUUUCUUUUGAAAUUAAUUCGUUUCUUCGAACAUUGGGAAUCAAACACAUGUUAUGAAGUGCAAGAGCGUUGCUCGUCGUGGCUUGAAUACCUUAAACUUUGUUUUGACUCUUUGAAAGUUGACGAUGUGGAGGGGGUAAAAAGAUUGGAGACCGAGGAAUUGCAGUAUUAUGAAAAACUUCUGCUUGAUGCCUCACAAGAUGACGCAUUGUCAAGAAACUCAGACGAGUUGCAAAGCAGCGACGAAAGUGAAGCCAGCGACGACAGCAGUGAUGAGGAUAAAGAGGGUGUCGAACCUAGUGAAAGCAGUCAUAUCGCUGGAUCCCAUCAAACCGAUUUCGAGGACGAAUCUAACGGAGGUGACACGGCCGACCGUACGCAAAGCUUACAGGGCAAUGAAUUUGAAUCAAGUCAGCUUCCUGCUCUUUUGACGAAAAUUUUACCCUCGUUUUUCAAGAGCUAUCCUCUUAAUCCAAUCUCUGCCCUUGCACAAAGCCGGAUACAGGUCCCAGCGGAUCUUGACUUGGAAGCAGUGAUUCAAAUCCCGCCUGCUUACUGUUUCCAAGAGGAUAAUAAGGUUGCAGCAUUCGAUCUGUCUGAUGAAUCCGGCAAUGAAUCAAGCGAGGAAGUUGCUGAUCGUGAAUUACUGGCAAGAGAUCGCCUUGACAGAAUGAAGGACGAUCCGUACUACCUCAAGAGUUCUGAUAAGAAGAAACCCAGGAACAAAAAGAGCAGAAUUGUGAGCCUAGAGGAUGAUCGAUUGGUUUCCGGCUCGGGCGCUCCAAGUGAAGUCCCGUCGCUCAUCGAUCUUUCCGAAGCCCCAAGCGGCAAGUCCAAGAAAUCCAAGAAAGUCAAGAAAGAAAAAGUUUUAGUUUUAGCUGAAGAUUCCUUGGGGGAUGACAAAGAAGGUGCAAUGCUAGGGCCAGAGAAGAAAGAAAAGAAACUAAAAAAGAACAAGCUCAUUAUUGAUACGUUGAAUUUGGAUGCUUUGAACCUUGAUUCACCGGAUGUCGAAUUAGACCUGUCAUCGAAACCCUACGAGUACGAGGUUGACUUGAACCAGCUCAGGUCACAAUUUGCAGACGAGUCUAUGAAGAAGGCCGGGAAGGAGAAGAAAAGAUCGAAGAAGAGGGAGAAGACGAAAGCAAUCGAGGCAGUCGAGCCGAUUGUGGAUAAAAAUUCAGAAGCAGGGAGUGACCACCUUGUCUCUAUCCCGCAGAAAAGCAAAAAGAAAAAGAAGAGGGCGGUCAUUCAAGAGUGA